CAUGCUCAAUCCUGCUGCAGCCCUGACGUUGUGAAAAUAUCGUGGUGUUGCUGCGUCUGUCGUUCAUUCUUGCCCACAUGAAGCUUUUCCUCAGUGUUUGACUUCGUUAGCCUGGUGGUCCUCAGCACGUGUGGAGUGGGCUCACCCCCAGCCUGGUAUUGGGCGGUACCCAGUUCCACACUGGAAGAGGCUAAAAGUGACGUACUCUGAUCAGGCUCCAUCACUACGGCCACCGCGCUCCGCCGCCUUACACCCUCUCAGGGAUAAGACAGACGCAUUGCCAUUGGCAGUAAUAGAGUGGUGACACUGGAGACGGCGGGAGUCACUGUGAUCACGUAUCGCCGUAAACGUAUUUGAAGGGUUAACAGGAAGAAUUAUAAUUCCAGCGGUAACAAUGGAGGCACAACUGUCAGGCUGUUCCAAGGGCUACUGACAAUUAUUGGGAAAGCACGCCUACCCUGUAUGGCGUGUUCUUGAUAAAUGGAAUAAAAACUUAGGGACGAUACUCGGGAUCCCGUCUGGACCAGUGCACCUUCACACUCUACGGAGGCAACUGGAGGUUUACACUUAACGGUUUGCCACCGUGGUACUGAGGUUUGCUCUUAGUCUCCACUGUGAGGCUCAGCAGACCGUAACUAAGGCUGAUACACAUUUCCGUGGAGGUUACAAGAACCAAAAGAAAGCCAUUUAGUUUAUUGAUCCACAAAAUUAUUCCAUCCAAAAUCUAGAAGCAUGAAGCUGGAAUGCAAUUUUUUUGCUGGGUCUGCUCACAUUCUGAAUGAGGAGACUGUCAUGGAUGUCAUCAGGGAGAAGACCAAGGAUCCGGAACAGGAGGAUCCCUUUUAUGUACUAGAUGUUGGAGAUAUUGUUCAGAAGAUAAAGGUGUGGAAGUUGAAGCUGCCUCGAGUGAAGCCUUUCUAUGCUGUGAAGUGUAAUGACCACCCAACUGUUCUGGAAAUUCUUGCUGCUUUAGGAACUGGUUUUGAUUGUGCAUCAAAGAGUGAAAUUGAAAAGAUCCUUGAGCUGGGAGUUGAUCAGUCCCGUAUCAUCUAUGCCAACCCCUGCAAGCCAGCCUCUCAUCUGCGUCUGGCAGCUAAAUUGCAAGUCUCACUUAUGACUUUUGACAAUGAGACUGAACUUCACAAGAUCAGUGCUUACUAUCCUGAUGCAAAGCUUGUUAUUCGAAUUCGUGUUGAUGCAGCUGAUGCACAGUGUCCCUUAGGCAUGAAGUUUGGGGUGCUUCCUGAAGAUGCAGAAGCUCUUCUGGUUGCUGCUCAGGAUCUUGGAUUGAAUGUAGUUGGAGUGUCUUUUCAUGUUGGCUCAGGCUGCCAAGACCCUUCUAGCUUCUACCAAGCAAUUGCUUCAUCUAAAAUGGUCUUUGAAAAAGCUGUGGGCCUUGGUUUCAGCCCUUACUUGUUGGAUAUUGGAGGCGGGUUUCCUGGAUCAAGCAGCUCUUCUCUUGAUGAAUUUGCAGAGCCCAUUAAUAGAGCCUUGGAUGUAUUCUUCCCUGAAGGGUGUGGUGUUGAGAUCAUUGCAGAACCAGGUCGUUAUGUAGUGGCCUCAGCCUUUACCCUGGCAACUAGUAUUGUUGCAAAGAGGGAAGUCAGUGAUGCCAGUGGGUCGCUGGAAACCAUCAUGUACUACAUCAAUGAUGGGGUCUAUGGAUCAUUCAACUGCCUGCUCUAUGACCAUCAGAAGGUCCAUGCUGUUUUGCUUAAGAAACAUGAUAAAGAAACUCAUCUGCCGUGCUCUGUUUGGGGGCCAACCUGUGAUGGCAUAGACCAUAUAGUGUCAGAGAUGAGUCUUCCAAGACUUCCUUGUGGAGAGUGGCUGGUGUGGCCUGAGAUGGGUGCCUACACUCUUGUUGCUGCUGGAACCUUCAAUGGCUUUCCUGUUCCAAAAGUCAUUGUUGUUGUUCCUCAUCAUACAUGGUUGUACUUGGAAGAACAUCUUGGUCACAGUUUUUCCAUGGCAUCAGUUGAGGUUCAGAAUGAAAAAGCUUUCUUGGCUAAAGACCGACAUGAGAUGGCUGGGUCAUUGGCAGUGACGAAGAAUGCUGCCUCUCACUAUACUUGUGCUGCCAACACCUUGGGCCCUGUUACCAUGGAAGACCAUAUGGCACAACUGGCACUCAUUGGCAUCGGUGAAAUGUAAGGAUCAGCUAGCCAGAAUUUUAUAAGAGCAGAGGGAUAUUUUUAUGUAUGCAGCUUUUCAAGGUGGUUAUCAAGAGAUGAUGUACAAGUCUGUAAUGCAAGUUUGUUUCAUUAUAAGUAUGUGAGAUAAUUUUCUUGCCUUUUUUUUUUUUUUUUUUUUUUUUUUCUUUUUUUUUUUUUUUUUCCAAGGAGGUUAUUCAAUUGAGGUUAGUAUAUAAAACUAGUUGACAUCAGAAUCUUAUUCCCUGUACAUUUAGAUUAGUUGACACAAGAAGAAACAUCUGCAGUGGAUAUUGUUAUUGAAUGUAGAACACAGUUGCUUGCAUGCAAAUUUUACUAACAUCUAAGUUUAACAUUGUUUAUUCAUGUUGGGUAACAUGCAUUACUUUGAUUUGUACUGAAGCCUUUCUUCUUAACUUAGGUGUACCUGAUAACUCUUCUUGAAAAGUUUAGUUUGUUGAAAAUUUUGCUCUGCCUAGACUCUGGUUUUGGGAGACAUGCAGCAUAAUCUUAUUCAGGAGGUUAUUCAUUCAGUAUUUUUUAACGUAACUGAAAUUUUGUGUAUUGCCAGAGCAAACAUCACAGUAUUCUAUGGUAAGUUAUUUCAAUUCAUUGUGAUUUAAGAACAUUCAAAUCCAUGCUACAUUUUGUUUUCCAUCUGUGGUUGCAGGAAUAUUAUUUCAUUGUGAGAAAAAUUCUGAAGUUCCUCUAGAGUCUUUAGGUGAUGGCUCCUGGCAGUACUUAAUAGACAGCUUAUACAUUAUUGCUUAUAGAACAUCUUCAGGAGUUUUAGAUUGGUCCUGUAGUCUACCCCAUUCAGGCUGUAUAAAAACAACAAAAAGAUCCGAAGUGAUUAGUUCGUGUAAUUGCAGAUCUAUUUCCAGUAUUGAUAUAUCCAUUUGGCUCCACUUCCAGCUUAAUGAUAUCAAAGGUUUUCUUCUGGAACUUGUAACCCCAUGGCAAUGUGUAUCAAUGCCUAGCUUACGGUACUGCUUAGCAGUACUAUUUAAAUAAAUUGGCAAAUUAAAUAUAUUAAAUUUA